AAAAAAUACAUUUUCCUACGAUAAAAAAAUCUAUAUACAUUUUCUACUCGACAUUAUUAUUUAGUGAAAAAUAAAUGGCUGAAUCUACGACUAGGACGAUCAAGCUUGAAGAACAAUUAAUGGAUAUAGAAGAAGAGAAGGUUGAUGAGAAACCAAGAGAAUUGUUUUUAGCAGAGCUGAAUCUUGUUCUUAUUCUCUCAUUUUUUUCAUUAUCAUCUGAAGAAGGAAAAUUAGAGAUCGAUAAUGACAAAGAUCACAACGUUAUUUCUAAAAUAAAUUCCACAAAACGCGGAGGAAUCAAUAAAUACAGGGCUACUGAACAUGAAUUUCCCAGGUUUCAAACCAAGAUUAAGGAUUGCAGACACUGCAGAAGAAUGUGAAGAAUAACACCUUUGGGGUAAAGAAAGCAGAAAGAAACUCCCACAAGAAAAAGGUCUAUGGAUUGAUGAAAAUGAAGAGAGGCAUUUUGUAAUCAAGUUUACAAAAGCAUUAUGCAUUUCUACUUUUAAUACUUUGAUAUUUUGUUUCAGCAUUUUAUAGAGCAAAUCAUUGUAAGGCAGGCAUAGCAAAAAAGUAGUAGAUAAAUAAAAAAAAAGUUUUGUAGUCUUAUAUAAC